GUCGCACGCGGCUGUCAAAUUGAAAGUUGCCCACUUCAGUUCAAGCUUCAAGGGCAGUCAUUGGAAACCCUCAGACAGAACCAUUCGCGGUCUUGCUAACGCUGUCACGAACAUGCUCUGCAGGGUUGAGCAGAUACGCAGGUGUGCUGCUAGUUUGAGUCAAGCCGUCCAUCAGGUAGCCGCAUGCAGGCAGAAGCACACGCUUCCCGACCUGACCUACGACUAUGGUGCCCUUGAGCCUCACAUCAAUGCCGAGAUCAUGCAGUUGCACCACAGCAAGCACCACGCCACGUACGUCAACAACCUCAACGUGACUGAGGAGAAGUAUCAAGAGGCGCUCGCAAAAGGAGACGUGACGGCACAGGUCGCCCUUCAGCCUGCUCUCAAGUUUAACGGCGGAGGUCACGUUAACCACACCAUUUUCUGGACCAACCUGUCUCCCAAUGGUGGUGGUGAGCCACAAGGGGAGCUCAUGGAGGCCAUCAAGCGAGAUUUUGGCUCAUUCCAGAGCAUGAAGGAGAGAAUGUCUGUUGCCACAGUGGCCGUUCAAGGCUCAGGCUGGGGCUGGCUGGGCUACGACAAGCAGAGCGGAAGACUCUCCAUUGCGGCUUGCGCCAACCAGGAUCCUCUGCAAGGGACCACAGGUCUCAUCCCUCUCCUGGGUAUCGACGUAUGGGAGCACGCCUACUAUCUUCAGUACAAAAAUGUCCGGCCAGACUACGUUAAGGCCAUCUGGAACGUCAUCAACUGGGAGAAUGUGAGCGAGCGUCUACAGUCUGCCAAGAAAUAGAUUGAUUCAUUCCUAUGCGAAUGUGAAAAUGUUAUUGCGGAUUUGUACAAUUUUUGCAUUAAGACCCUUGAGGCUCUUGAUCAUGGACACCCCGCACCUACUUUAAUUUCCGCUUCCUGUCUAAAAUGCGCACAAAAACUGACUUUUCACAUCAAGAGCUUAGCUGAAUCAUGGCGGCUGUACAUGCAAUGAUGUAAUCAUAACAUAAUUUGUCAUGGUAAAACCAGUACAUGAAAUGUUUUUUGAUGUAUAAUAAAAAGAUAUGAUAUGAA